UAUAGAUUUUCUGGACUCAAGCAGGCAGAAUCAUAUCCUUUGGCUUCAGGAAGACCCUCCACCAAGUUUCAGAAGAACUUAUUCUGAAAUAUUGCAGCAGUUUGUCUGAAGGGGCUUAUAUGGCAGGAUCUUUCUCUAUGGAAGAAUUUCUUGGAGAUGGAGUUCUUAAAGAGUUAAUUCCUAAGUUUGUGGAGGCUGGAUGGGAUGAUGUUCCAACGUUGAAGAUGAAGGACUAUGAAGACAUGCAUGGAUUCAAAUUAACACAGCAGCAAAAGGAUGCAUUGGAGCUUAGAAAACACUUGCAUGAUAAAUGCUUAAUGAAAUAUGCUGAUAAGAUGGAAGCAUCCAAAGUAUCACUACAAGCUCUUCUCAGCAUGAGCAAUGUGGCCCUCUCCUCACAAUUCAAAAUGAAAAAAGCUGACAUUUCCCGUUUCUUCAACAAUGAAAACAACUCAUCUUGCGCUAAUGAAAGCUGUAAUGGGAACAUAAAUGGUUCAAAAAAGGCUGACCCAAAGCUAAGUUCUAAUUUUGAUGCACCCAAUGCAAAAACUACACUACAUUUGAAGCUCAAUGAGGGACAUAUCUUCAAGGGAGUUGUCUCGGCGAAGCCGACGGGUUCAAAGCUAUAUGGUUGCAUUCGAACGUGUCAAAUUGUCGAAGAUGUGGCUCCAUAUUCUUCACUAGCAAACAUAACUGUGGAGAGGCGGACCUCUGAGUAUAAGGUCGGUGUACAAAGUGUGGCGGCUUCAAACUUUGCGACGAUGAAAGCUUCAGAGAUGUGGAAGGAGAAGGCAGUUGUUUUGUUGUGUAUUCGCAGGCCGGGAUGCAUCAUGUGCCGAGCCGAAGCGCACCGGCUAUACUCGAGGAAACCGAUAUUCGACGCAUUAGGGAUUCAGCUUGUUGCCGUUCUUCACGAACACAUCGAAUCAGAGGUGAGAGAAUUCUGGCCGCGUUAUUGGGGUGGUGUUGUGGUUAUAGAUCAAAACAUGGGGUUUUUUAAAGCAUUUGGAGGAGGAAGGCUGCUGAAAGACAGAUUUUUAACCGGUUUUGUGCUGAAUUCUGAAGCAAAAGCAAAUUAUAGAGCUGCAAAGGCAACAGGGUUGGAGGGAAACUAUAGAGGGGAGAGGCAUAUCAAAGGUGGGAUGUUCAUAGUUAGGAGAGGAAGAGGAGGGAUUGCUUAUCAGUUCAUUGAAAGGAAUUUUGGUGAUUGGGCUCCUAUUGCUGAAGUGGUGGAGAUUUGCAAUAGAAUUAAGAAUGAAUUGUAGAGUGGAGAAGAAUAAUGGAUGCUUUGAGGAGAAAGAGGUUCUCAGAGUUCAAUAUUUACGUUUGUUAUGACAAAUCUGCUGCAAAUAAACCUUUUCCGUUCAUACAAUUAAAAAGGAAUUAUCUGUAGAUAAAGCAUAGUGAGAAAAACACAUGCUGUCAUUUCUUCUUCAUUCUUAUCUGUAAUAAGGCUUUUCCACCACUCUUUUCCAAAUUUCAGUUUCAAAUGACAAUCUGAUUGCUGGCCCUUUCCCUCUAGU